AAAGUCAUACCUGGGUGUUGCAAGCAGUGCUCAACUAAUUGUUUUUCUUUCUUUCUAUCUUUCUUUUUCUUUAUCUAACCUUACUUUCCACUACAGCACUCACUGCAUUGUCUGCAAGAAAUGCAUUCUCUAGUUUCAGAUGUAAUUAUUCAUAACACUAUCCCCAGCCAAGGCCUUGAUGGAAGCUGUUCAUGUUCAUUUUAGUGUUACAGGUCGAUUAAACUGCCGAGUUUGCAACAAGGUGGUCUUCUCCCGCCUGGACAAACACCUGGCGGACCUCCACCAACUUCCUCCAGAUCGAGACCCUCCCUGUGAUGAGGACCUCAACACUGGGACCCCGCCCACACCCACGUCACCCGCUUCACAGCGAGACCCUCCCAGUGAUGAGGACAUGGCCUCCAUGGAGCUGGAGGAAUCCGACUCAGAGGAACCUGAAGUGGGGCGCCCACUGAAACGUCGAGGGAUGAAGAGGAAGCUAUCGUUUUCUGGGGCGGUGGUGGAAAAAAGCGGGGUUAUUACAGGCCCAAAGCCGCCCGCCACAAAGUUUCAAAGACAAAGGAAGAUGAACUUCGAGACCAACCACUCAGAGGUCCGCAGGAGUCUGAGUGAAUUCAUGUGCCACGACGUCCACACGCAGGAGCGCUUUUAUGCGCUCCAAAAGACAUUACCACGGGCCAAGCAGAUGAGGGACCUCUUCGUCUGCUUGUCGUGCUGGCUCCAUGAGGACGAGGCUAAGGCCCUCUGUGGCCCAAUUUUUGGCCAGAAAGGUGAAGGAGAGAGUGGGGAUUUCUCCCCGAAAGAGCAGGAGGAGGGCAGUCAUUAUCCUGAAAAAACUAACCGUUGA